GUUCGCGCUAACCCUGGCGCAUUCGAGCAAGUUCUAAAAACAUGGAACAGUCUUCCGCAGAUACGCAAGUCCAUUUUCAGGCAUUAUUACUGGCGAACGAGCAACGGAAUGCGUAUGGAUUGAGGUACAAUGACUAUGAACGCUACAGGAAGCACUGUGCCAACAGGACGCACCGCCUUCGGUCGUCUCUCAAGAUGACCCAUGGCAAAGGGAGGGAGUUCAAAAAGCUGCCGCCUAUGAUUCUGGAUGCUAUUCAGGAUGGCCACCUUCAGCUGCUGCUCUUCGAGUCCGAGAGGGCAUGGGUGUACUCUCAAGAAUUGUCCCAACAAACCCCUCAACUGGCCACCAACCGGAAGGGUGCUCCACCCAAGGGUCAUCAUAGCGACGCAGCCUCGCUGAGAAGGCACGCGACAAGCCGCCUUCGCCGUGCCGUGAACUGGGCCACGCAGCUGCUAUCUCACUGUCAGGCGCUGUAUGCUUCCUCGCGUUUGUCCGCGGAAAACCUCGUCCAAGCAACAGUCUAUACGCUCAUCGUCAACGGUCGUCUCCUGCGCCACCGUUACGAUUAUGAAGAUGCGUUGAUACAGCUUAGCGUUGCUCGCAACCUGCUUGAUGAGCUCGCCGCGAAGGCAGCUACCAGUCGCGACCAGGCCCUGGCAGUUUCCUUCGCAGACGAGAUCGGCCCCGAGAUUCGAUACUGCGCGCACGAGCUGCGCCGUGAGAACUCGUACGACGUCGAUGCGAUUGUCGCGGACGUGGCUCCUAAGCACCGCAACGAGAUUGUCGAAGGAUGCGAUGCGUUGCUGGCAAGCCUGGGGAAGGAAGCGUCGAGUGCUGCCGGGGGACAGAAGAAGCUCGAACCUGUGAUGUGGGAAGACGAGCCGGUACCUGUGCGUAAUCCAGAGCUAGUGGACGUCUUACUGCGGGUGCAGGAGGCGGAGGCGAGACUGAAGAGCGCAGAGGAGUUGCCCAUUGUACAGGAUGCCGCUGAGGGAGGGAAGAAGAAAGAGAAGGCAGGCAAAGGUGCCCGCUCGAAGCGUGGCGUCGCGGCGUAUGACGCGAUUCUGUUGGCGUUGAGCGAUGCGGAGGAGGUAGCGCGCAAGCUGGUAGAGGUGCAGCAGUUGAGUAGUUCAACUAUCAGCCUCGCAGCAGGAACGAGGGACAUCCAAUUCGUGCAUGCGUAUAUCGUCUACCAACUUCUCUCCUACCGCAUUCAGCGAGAUCUUCUACUCAUUGCGACGCUGCUUCACCAAUCGCAGGCGCAUACGGACGCAGACCAGAAGGGCGGUGCGUCGAAGCCGCACAAGGAGCGGGUGGAUGCACGGCUCUUUCCCGCAGUGGUGAAGCUCCUAGAUACGAUCAUUCAAAGCCUCGACCAAAUGCGUGCGCUCGCUAUCGUGGACGAGAGCCCUGAUCUUGCCUCCGCUGUGGAAGCGCGGCUGUCGUUCACGAAGGCUCGAAGGUGUCGCUAUCUCGCGCGCUGCUACGCUCCCCUCAAGCGAUAUGCGGAAGCGCUCACGCUCUCCCAGCAUGCAACCAUACAUCUGCGGGAGGCGCGCUCUGUUCUCUCCGUCAUCGCGGACACCGACCCAAUCGCGUCAAACUCUUCGCCAUUCUACUCGCUCACCGCCGCCGACAUCGAUCAGCUUGAAGAGGAGGUAACACAAGAUAGCGAAGGCUAUAAGAGCGAUUGGUUUGCAUUCAACGGCGGUGUGGUCGGCGACGAUGGCCGGUCGUACAAGAAGCCACUCUUCUUCGACAUUGCGUUGAAUUAUGUGAAGCUCGAUAUGGACAAGUUGCAGGAGCGCGCGGGAAAGAAGGUGGAAACUGCGAGACCUGUACAAGAGGCUGCUCCUGUCGCCCAGGUGCCGGAGAGGAAGGCAGUUGCGAAGGCGAAGGCGGAGGAGGUCGAGAGAGCUCCUACGCCGGAACCAUCUGCGUCUGCUCGCGGUGGAUUAAGCAGCUUGCUGGGAGGCUGGUGGGGUAGAAAAUGACCGCAUAUAUCGUGCUCUCGAUUGUAGAUUAAAACAAAUUUGCUAUUAUAUUUGAGUCAAGAAAGCGUG